GAAAACUAAGGAAGAAGAACUACCAAUCUCUAUGGCAACGACAACUAUCCGCUUGCUGUCCUUUUAGCUUUGCUCUUAGCUUGUUAGCUUCUCAUUGUAGCUUUAACCUACAACAUUAUUAUUAACUUUUCGCCGACAUUCUUUCCGGUUACGUUUCUAAACGCCGUGAGUGGGUAGCUAACAAUUUUCAAGUCGUUGUGAAUGCACCAAACACAAAACGUAUGAAACUAGCCGUGUGCUAAGGCUAGCUCACCUAAAGCCAACAGCGUUUGUAUGUUUACGUGGUAAAUGUUAAUGGCGGACUUUUGGAACACGGAUACCGGAGAAGCUGUGUAUCGAUCCCGGGAUGCUGUCAAAAACUUGAGAGUAAAGGUGCGUAUAGAGAGGGUGACCUCCACAGCAGCCCUCUCCCAGCACCUCCAGCAGGAAGUUCUGUCCCAGCAAGACAGAGGAGCCAUUGAACUGGAAACCCUCACCUCACAGAGCCAGACAGGUGAUAAUGAGGAGGAACUGGAGGUGGGCUGGCAGGAGAAACUCUUCAGUGAGUAUGAGAUGGAACUGUUCCAGAACGAGGCAGCAUGUCAGACUCCUCUGGACCGGCAGUACCACACAGAAGUCAAGGCCGUGAAGAGGGCUAAGGGCAGACGAAAUCACAGGCUCUUCACAUACACGGACCAUGACCGCUACACCAACUGUCUUCCAUUCCACCAGCUGCAGCAAUCCAGUGACGUACUGACCACAACCAAAUCCAGCCCCACUUUCCUGGCAGAAAGGAUGGCCAGCAUAAGACACAGAUGGCAGGACAGACGCACCAUGGACUCUAGUAUCCCCAAGUCAAAAAUCAUCAACUGGGAGCCCACAGAGGAGUUUGUGAAGAACAGUCAUGUGGUGAAUAAUGCUAUGCAGACCAUGCACGUCAUGGGAGACCUGGGCCCCCCUGGAAGACUGGGUCGCAAAGAGAAUGAAUAUUUGCUCUGUACAAUAAAAACAGAUGGCAGUGGAACAGUCAUCGUAAAACCUGACUUCAACAAAGGCAGAGAGCCAUACAGGAUCGUAACAGAGGGGGAAAGAAGAGAAGUUUGGCGACUCACUGUGGAGAAUGUGUCCACAGCCAUGAAACCAGAGGAAAAGGACCGGGAGCAGAACAUGUACAAAGAUCUGUAUGUAAGGCACAAGGAUUACCUCACUAGCCUUGUUGGACAGGACUUUGAAAUGCCUCCUGUAGGUAUUCUGCGUUACUUUAUGAAUGGAGAAAUAGUCUCAGCUCAAGGUUUUGAAUAUGAUAACUUAUACAUCCACUUCUUCAUGGAGCUGCCCAACAACUGGUCCAGCUUGCCUUUCCACUCUCUCUCCGGGGUCACUCAGACCUGCCGAACUAAAACACAAGGGAAGGAAAAUGUAGCUUUCUUCAGUCACCCCUUCAGCUUUGAGGCUUUCUACAUGAGUGAAAAAGAAAGUGAAGAACCAGUUCCACAGUGGCCAGUGCUCUACUUCAAGGUUCUUUCUCUGGACUCCUGGCAGCGCUAUCGAACUGAAGGCUAUGGAUAUGUGCUAUUUCCAGCCAUACCUGGUAAUCACAAAGUAACAUGCCAUACAUGGAGACCCCUUCAGACGGGGACAGUGUCUGCUCUGAGGCGCUUCUUUAUUGGAGGUUCUCCAGAGCUUGAAGACCACAGCUAUGUCCGAAUACCAGGGACUUUCAAGGGAGAGAGGCUGAGUCGCAUUGGCUUUUCCACAGAAACCACCGGAAGUGUCACCUUUAAUCUGCACUGCAUCCAGCAAGCCCGGUCAUUUGUUGAUGCGGCCAUGUUGAAGAAGAGGAGACAGAAGGUUUAUGACCAGUUGGGAGGAUUUAGUCAGCAAGGAGCUGUCUGCACCAUCCUGGAGGCCUUCCACAGAGCCAGAAGAAAGAUGCAAGAGGCCAGAGAAAGCCUUCCCAGAGACCUUAUCAACGCCACUUCCCAGCUCCAAAUCGAUUCUUCUACAUAGGUGUGAAAAAUACUGUAGCACUGUCACUCUGUCAAAUAAAUAACAAAAAGUGCCCAAAUGGUGUAAACAUACCGAUCAGAGGUUUAGUAUUGUGGUGGAAUAAGCAGCAAGCAUUUAUCAGCAAUGCAAAUGUUGCACAGCUUCAGUUUUUUGCCGAUAACACAAAAUACUGAUGUACUGUAACAAGCCAGAGAAAAAACAAUUGUAACAGUUAUUUAUUCUUUGUAAAGACUGCUAACAUGGAGGGAGGGGGUAAUAAUUGGGGUAUAAUAUAGAUUUACAUGGUGAUUUUGUGGUGAAGGAGAAAAGCCAUUAAAUCAUCACACAUGCUAUUCUUUGUACAGACACUGUGAAAUUGAUGUAACUGACAAUAAAUAUAUUUUUUAGAUUUGA